AUGGAUUUGCGUGCCGAUGACCAUUUGAUUGGGUUAGACUUUCAGAAAGAUCACCCUGUUGACGUUAGGAAAAAGAAGGGAAGAAUGAUGUACAAAGCCAAGAAAUAUAGACUGGAAAACGAGAUCAAGGUUACCGCGAUUAAUAAACAGCUCAAAAUACCCUGGCCUAUUUAUUCCUUCAGAAAUAAAAAAUGCUAUAUUGAUGAUAAUAUUCUUCGUAACUUAUCGGAGCUGACAUACAAAGUUCCAACGCCUAUUCAAGCUCAGGGUAUUCCAAUUAUGAUGCAGCAUCGUAAUCUACUGGCUUGUGCACCAACAGGUUCAGGGAAAACAGUCGCCUACCUACUUCCAGUGCUUAAUGAAUUAUUAUUAACAAAACUUCCCGACUGUGUUAAUUCUACGGAUACUCUGGAUGGAAAUAUGCAGUUAGAAAAGAAAAUAUUUCCAUUCGCUAUUAUCUUGGCCCCCACCCAAGAACUUAUGCAUCAAAUCUGGUCUGAAGCGAUUCGGUUAUGUCGUGGUGUCCAAGGAGACUGUUAUGUGGCAAUGCUCAACCAAAAACACUAUUCUAAUCGGUGCAAAAGGAGCUCAGAUAAGACUGUUGGGACUGGAAGUGUACUACAGAAUUCGAAGAAGUCACGUGAAUUAAGAUUACCUUUGAACACAAAAAUCCUAAUUACAACGCCAAGUCGGUUAAUUGCUUUGUUAUCUCUUCCACCCAAGCAAUGUCCGUUUGACUUCUCCAGGCUCUUUUGGCUCGUGGUGGAUGAAUGUGAUAAGAUGCUGGAAGUAAAUUUUGGCGAUGUUUCUCGUCUUAACUCAGAGCAUUUGGACAAAGGGAAAUAUCGACCUCGUGGAUUUCAUGAUCAGUUAGCUGCUAUCCUCGAGGCCGCGAAGACCAGCCAUUCCAAUGAACAGUUACUGACUAGGCCUGCUAUCGCUUUGUUUUCAGCUACUAUUCCCGAUGAGGUUGUACUAUGGGCAAAAAAUCAGCUACCUGCUCUCCUGCAGACUGAUAAUUUCGCCCUAGAAUUAGUUCAAUUAAGAGUGGGUAUCCGAAAUGCUGCUGUUUCUACUGUCAAACAAGAGCUGCGCUACUGUGCUAAUGAACAAGGGAAACUUUUAGAAAUGCGUUACCUACUUGCUAAUGGACUAGCUUAUCCAUGUUUGAUUUUUAUGCAGUCUCGAGAGAGAGCUAAUGAAAUCCUUAAAGAAAUCCUACUAUCUGAUGCAAACAUUUUGGUAAAUGUUAUUUCUGGUGAUAAAACGACAGCUCAACGUGCCAAAGUUGUUCGUGCUUUUCGUGAAGGAAAACUUCAUGUUCUCAUUUGUACAGAUUUAUUGGGUCGUGGAAUCGAUUUCAAAGGUGUCAGUAUGGUAGUCAACUAUGAUGUCCCUGCAUCAGAACAAGAAUAUAUACAUCGUGUCGGUCGAACUGGAAGAGCUGGUCACCAUGGAAGAGCUGUUACACUGUGGAGUGAUGCUGACCUUCCGCAUAUGGAUGGUAUCUUAUCAGUAAUGAAAAGAAGCGGUUCAGAGGUUGAUGCAGAACUAGACAGACUUGUGAACCAGUGGAAAACAAAUCGUGUAAACAUAAUGUCCAAAAACAAAGAAUCUAAUGCAAAUCGGUGUCUGAGUAGUGUAAUUAGUCGUCGACGUGGAGAAAGACGUCUCGCCUAUAAAAUCCUCAAAAAUUCAGACAGAAAAAGAAGUGAAACUGCUGAUAGUGAAGAAAAGAGCAUGUGGUUGAGGCCUUGGAAUCCCCACAGAGGUCGUAUCAGUGAUGUGCCUGGGGCGCUAAGCAAAAAACACGAAACUAAGUAA